AUGCUAGCAAUCGAGGGAACCAUACAGCCAAAGAAGGCCAAAGACCCAGACGUCACAAUAUCCUUCAACCAAGCAGACUUCAGAUCGGCAAGCCCUAACCUCGAUGACCCCGUGGUAAUUUCCAUCCAGCUCGGAGAACUGUUGGAAAACAAGAUAGCUACAGUAUACGCCGACCAUCAAGAAGCUCGGCAGUGCUACAAUGCUAGCCUAAAGCUAACCCAAACAAAACAAGAAGCUCGGACUCAGGUUCAAGCAAUCCACACUUCUGCAGACACGGCGACACUGGCCGACCUCGACCUAAGGGAAGACCUCAGCGAAAGACCUCGGCCAAUGGACAACCUUCAACAAAUAACACUAACAGCAAAUGACAAACAAUGCACAUACAUUGGAGAAGCAUUAGAAGGGGAAGACCGAGCAAGACUUAUACACAUACUACGCCAGAAUGCUGACCUAUUUGCAUGGACACCAGAUGACAUGCCCGGAAUAGAUCCAGAGGUCAUCUCCCACAAGUUAGCAAUCGACAAAACAGUCCGACCAAUAGCACAGAAAAAAAAGAACCUCGGAGAGGAGAAAAGGCAAGCAGCACUUGAAGAGACCAAGAAGCUCCUAAACGCAGGUUUCAUCAGAGAAAUUCGCUUCACCACAUGGUUGUCCAACGUGGUAAUGGUAAGAAAGAACUCAGGUAAAUGGCGCAUGUGCGUCGACUUUACAAACUUAAACAAGGCUUGCCCUAAAGACGCAUAUCCAUUACCUUGCAUUGAUAAAUUAGUUGAUAACGCUUCUGGUUUCAAAGCCCUGAGUUUUAUGGAUGCAUACUCUGGUUAUAACCAGAUUCUGAUGUAUCCAGAAGACCAAAGCAAAAUGGCUUUUAUAACAGAACAUGGAAAUUUUUGUUAUAAGGUAAUACCUUUUGGCCUAAAGAAUGCAGGUGCAACAUAUCAGAGAUUAAUGGACAGAGUAUUCCAACAGCAGAUAGGCCAGAAUAUAGAGGUCUAUGUAGAUGAUAUGGUAGCCAAGACAUCGGCACAAGGGUCACACUGUGAUAACUUGGUAGAAAUAUUCAAACAACUCCGAACAUACAACAUGAGACUCAAUCUGGACAAAUGCGCUUUCGGAGUCCAAGGAUGGAAAUUCCUCAGAUUCAUGCUAACCUCACGAGGCAUUGAGGCCAACCCAGAAAAAUGCAAAGCCGUGCUGAACAUGACAAGCCCAAAGACAGUAAAAGAAGUCCAGCAACUAGCAGGGCGAAUAGCCGCCCUGUCACGUUUUCUACCGGCAGUAGCAAACCGAUCUUAUCAUUUUUUCCAAAUAUUCUCCAAAGGCAAGAAAUUUGCAUGGACAGAUGAAUGUGAGAACUCCUUUACCGAACUCAAACAGCUCCUAACAUCACCACCAAUCCUCCAAAGACCUGAGACAGUAACAGAAGCAGGUAGAAAGCAAAACCCAGUGUACUUGAUCAGCAGGAUACUACAACCUAUAGAAACAAGAUACCCGAAAAUAGAGCAAUUGGCACUAGCACUAAUCACCACGGCAAGAAGACUGCGACAUUACUUCCAGAGCCACACAAUCAUAGUACGAACAGACCAGCCGCUGAGACAGAUAUUAACCAGACCCGAGCUCACCGGCAGAUUAAUAAAAUGGUCAGUCGAGCUCUCCGAGUUCGACAUUCAGUACGAGUCAAGAAAAACACUGAAGUCACAGGUACUAGCCGACUUUAUAUCAGAAAUGACUAAUGACACACAAAACACAGAGGUCAAUUGGAGCAUACAUGUGGACGGAGCGUCAAACAAAGAAGGCAGUGGAGCAGGGGUACUGCUAAAGGAAGGAGACAAAGUGGUGGCCGAGCAGUCACUGCAGUUCCGCUUCAAUGCAAGCAACAAUCAGGCGGAGUAUGAGGCCCUACUCGCUGGACUAAAGCUCGCCCUACAACUACAAAUACCCCGAAUAACAAUUUACUGUGACUCUUCACUAGUGGUACAUCAAAUAAAGGGCGAAUUCCAGGUAAAAGAUCCUUUGUUAGAGAAAUAUUGGCUCAUAACAAGGGAUCUCAUUUUAAAAUUUAGAAAAUUUGAAAUUAUUCAUGUGAAUCGAGAACAAAACACCAGGGCCGAUGUGUUAUCCAAGUUAGCCACAACUAGGCAAACCGAAAACACAUCGGCACUGUCCCAGCUAACACUUGACAAACCAAGUUUUGAGCAGGAUACAAUUUUAAGUAUCAUACAGGUACCAGAUUGGCGAACACCUUUUCUCGACUAUAUCAACACAGGCAUCAUGCCAAAUGAUGAACCGAACUUGUCACUCUUUCGAAGAAGAGCAAGCUUCUAUACAGUGCUCGGAAACACCCUAUACAGGCGAGGACAUUCCCAACCACUACUCAAAUGCAUAAGUAAUAAAGAAGCCGAGGAGGUUAUGGCAGAAACACACGAAGGAGUUUGUGGAAAUCACAUUGGUGGCCGAGCAUUAGCCGCAAAGAUAUUGCGAACAGGAUACUAUUGGCCGACGAUAAAAAGGGACUGUAUCUCAAAGGUAAAAGCCUGCGAUAAUUGUCAAAAGCACGCCACACUCUCUGAAAUCCCGGCCGAAGAACUCCACACCAUAGAGGUAAGCUGGCCUUUCGAUAGGUGGGGAUUAGAUAUCCUCGGACCUUUCCCGAAAGCGCCAGGCCAGGGAUUAAAGAAAAAACUCGGCGAGGCUAAGGGAGAAUGGGCCGACCUCAUUCCAGAAAUCCUAUGGAGUUAUAAUACCAGCAUUCAGUCUGCCACAGGAGAAACUCCUUUCAAACUAGUAUACGGUGCAGAAGCACUCAUUCCAGUAGAAAUCAGCGUCCCAACAUUAAGGACCGACCUCUAUGAUCAAUCCAAUAACUCGCAAGCUCGGUCAGCCGAGUUGGAUCUUGUAGAAGAAGAAAGAGAUAUUUCAGCCAUAAAGCAGCGAGCCAGAAAGCAAUACAUAGAGCGAAGACACAACAAAAGAGUAGUUCACAGGUCCUUCAACAACGGAGACCUCGUACUCAGACGAACAGAAGAAGCUCGGAAACCUCCGGGACAUGGCAAAUUAGCCGCAAAUUGGGAAGGACCUUUCCGAGUUCUUCAAAAUCUCGGAAAGGGGGCAUACAAGCUAGAAACCCUCAAAGGAGAUCAACUUCCAAGAACAUGGAAUGUCUCCUCCCUAAGGGGAUAUCAAUCAUAA